GUGUUCUUCCGUUUCGCGCCUAAAACUCGAUGCACGUCUUUGCGUGUCCUUACCUUGCAGGAUCUGCUUGACGUUCUUCCAGUGACAUGGGUCUUAAUACUGAAAUAAAGAACCUUUCGGUAGGGAAUAGCAAUCAGCUUUCCCUGAAAACGCCGAGCAAGGAUGCCCCGCGCGGGAAGAUGCACGUUAUCAAGCGCAAUGGGCGCAUGGAGGAUGUUCAUUUCGAUAAAAUUACAUCAAGAAUCGCCAAGCAGUGUUAUAAUUUAGAUAUGAAUUACGUGGACCCAUCCGCCGUUGCGAUUCAAGUGAUACGUGGUUUAUAUUCUGGAGUAACUACAGUCGCAUUGGAUAAUCUUGCAGCUGAAAUUGCGGCCACUAUGGCAACUAAUCAUCCUGAUUACGCAAUAUUAGCGGCACGAAUUGAUGUGUCUAAUUUACACAAGGAAACCAAGAAGAGCUUUAGUGAGGUCAUGCAUGAUCUGUAUAACGCAAAGAAUCCUAUUACAAACGAACCGACCCCUAUGAUUAGUGAAUAUUACUACAACAUUAUCAAGGACAAUGCGGAGAGAUUGGAUUCUGCUAUAAUAUACGACAGAGAUUUCAAUUAUAAUUACAUCGGCUUCAAGACGCUCGAGACGAGUUACCUGCUAAAGAUUAACGGCAAGAUAGUAGAAAGGCCGCAACAAAUGCUGAUGAGAGUGGCCGUUGGCAUUCACGAGAACGAUAUCGAGAAGGCUAUAGAGACGUAUAACUAUUUGUCCGAACGAUAUUUUACGCACGCCUCGCCAACGCUCUUCAACGCCUGUACCAAUAAUCAACAGAUGUCCAGCUGCUUUCUCUUGACGCUCAACAACGACAGCGUAAAGGGUAUAUAUGGCAUGCUGAAGAAAUGCGCGCUCAUCAGUAAAUACGCUGGUGGAAUAGGAUUAAAUGUGCAUUGCAUCCGUGCGAAGAACGCGGAAGAUAGAUACGACAAGGAAACCUACGACCAGAUCUCCAUUCUGAAGUUGUACAACGACAUUGCUAUUUACGUCGAUCAAGGGGGCAAUAAGAGACCGGGCGCGUUCGCUAUUUAUUUAGAGCCGUGGCAUGCCAAUAUCUUUGAUUUUCUGGAGCUCAAGAGAAAUAUUGGGGACGGAAACAUGCGAGCAAGAGAUUUGUUCUAUGGUUUGUGGAUACCGGAUCUCUUUAUGGAGCGCGUGUACAGUGAUGACGUUUGGAGCCUGAUGUGUCCGUAUGAGUCUCCUGGGCUGGCCGAUGUCUGGGGUGACGAGUUUAAGGAGUUGUACACUAGGUACGAGAAGGAGAGUCGUUACACGAAGCAAAUCAAGGCUACGGAAAUAUGGCUCGCCAUUCUCAGGUCGCAAGUAGAGACCGGAACGCCGUACAUGCUUUACAAGGAUCACUGCAAUGGAAAAUCGAAUCACCAGCACUUGGGCACGAUCAAGUGCAGUAAUCUGUGCACCGAGGUUAUUGAAUAUUCCAGCCCUGACGAAGUCGCCGUGUGCAAUCUAGCGUCCAUCGCUGUUAACAUGUUCGUCAAUGCGAACGACAAAACUUUCGAUUUCGAUAAACUUAAAACAGUCGCGAAAAUUGUCACCCGUAACUUGGACAAAGUGAUCGACGUCAAUUUUUACCCGAUACCGGAAACGAGACGGUCGAAUCAAAGGCACAGACCUAUUGGUAUCGGAAUACAAGGUCUAGCGGAUGCGUUUCUGCUAAUGCGACAUCCGUUCGAGAGCAAAGAGGCGAAAGAACUUAACAUUAAAAUCUUCGAGACGCUUUACUACGGCGCCCUGGAAGCCAGUUGCGAGUUAGCUGCGGAGAAGGGCACGUACGAGACGUAUCAAGGUAGCCCAGUCAGCAAAGGCAUCUUGCAAUACGACAUGUGGAACGUUAAACCGACAGACCUGUGGAACUGGGAGGACUUGAAGGCGAAGAUCGCGAAGCACGGAGUGAGAAAUUCGCUUCUGAUAGCGCCGAUGCCGACGGCCUCGACGGCGCAGAUCUUGGGAAACAACGAAUCCAUCGAGCCGUACACGAGCAACAUCUACGUGAGACGCGUCUUAUCCGGCGAGUUCGUCAUCAUCAAUCCGCACCUGCUGCGAGACUUGACCGCGAGGGGUUUGUGGGACGGAGAUAUACAGAACGAGAUCCUCGCGAAUUUCGGAUCCGUCCAAAAUAUCGAUCGUAUACCCGAUGAUCUGAAAGUGCUGUACAAAACCGUGUGGGAGAUAUCGCAACGAGUAAUCCUCGAAAUGGCAGCUGAUCGAGGCGCUUUCAUCGACCAGUCGCAAUCGCUGAACGUUCACAUGGCGGAGGCGACGACUGACAAGCUCACGUCAAUGCACUUCUUUGGCUGGAGAAGUGGCUUGAAGACUGGCAUGUAUUAUUUGAGAACAAAGCCAGCCGCAAACCCUAUACAGUUUACAGUGGACGAGUCGAAGCUGCGGAAUCGCGAUCUGGUGUCCAAUACUUCCACCGUCGGCAGUACUCCGACGAAGUCGCCCAAGCAAGACGUGAACGGCGACAGCAAUGCCGCUGAGAGGCGGAAGCAAAUAAAUCAGCAGGCGAGCGGAAAUCAACGUGAACUAGCACGAGCCAAGAACUUAAAGAAAACUGUCAAAAAGGCGGCGGCCGAGCAAGACAGUAACAAAGGUCUCUCCCUGGAACAGCGCAAAGCACGCGACGCGGAACGAAUGAGAGAGAAGCAACUUAAGAAACAAGGAGAUCAAGGAGACAACGCGAAACAGGCGGCGGGAUAAUUCAACGGAGGAGGAGUGCACAUUUUUACGAUAAGGACGACUGUCAUCCGAUAUAUGGCUACGUUUAAGAAAUUCACGAUUGCAAGAGAGCGAGCUGCAACGCUGAAUGUUUCACAGGUACAUGAAAAGGAAUCACCAUGUUUCUGAUGUUAGAGAAUCUUUCCAUCGUUGGCCAACAAACGCGUGUUGGCCACAUGACAGACCGCAGGACCUAGCUUCAAUUAUCUCGUUUACAUAUUUACAUAUUGCUCACGGGAAAAAAAGGAAACAGUUAUAGUCAGUGUGUAUAAAACUCGAUAUUACACCUCAAUUCAGUCAAAGAAAAUGCGCGUUUGACUGGUUUCUCUAGGUAUAAGGAUAUUAAUUAAAUAUAAUAACGAUGUGCUCGUAGUACUAAUUUUUAAUCUGUAAAUUCAGACUUUCACUUAUUUAAUAUGUUAUUAUGUAAUUAAAUGUGUAACGAGUGAGCGACCAUUUAGGGCUGCAUGUCCUGCUAUCGUUCCCUCACACUCGUAAUAAAUUGUUCAAAUUUUAACAAUAUA